AGUGGAUGAGGGGGCUACGCGCGUAGGUUGCUGUCUUGGUACAUACGUAUGGUGUAUGUGGACGUGCCUAUUGCGCAUAAUUAGCAGCGGUGCGUGUACCAGCCUACGUGCCUACAUCUCCACCGUGCUUUGCAGCAGCGGGUGGCAUAGCAGCGGGAGCCAAUGGGGCAAGCAAGCCGCGCGCACGCACGCACGCACGCACGCAGCGCCGUCUGUCGUCCGUCUGCACUCGUCCACACUUGACACUGACAGCAUCAUCACCGAUGCGGUCAUUCGUAUCCACUGCCACCGCCGCCGCCGCCGCCGCAGCAGCAGCAGCAGCAGCAGCAGCAACGUCCCAACAGCCCACCGCUCCCAGGGCAGCAUCCGACCUCACAGCUGAGACAUAUGACGCCUCAAAGGACCCCUCCCAGCGGGACCUCCAGCAGCACACCCCGCCGCGCGCGCCGCGAAGUGGGGUCUUCUCUCAGGAUGAGACCGAUGAGACGAGCAUGGGACGAGGCGAGAUGACCAGAGACGAAGCGAUGGGGCGGUGGGUGGCAGCGCCAAGCGCGGCGGCAAGGCGGCGGCCAAGCACCCGGGUGGCGUGGCGGGGCGCGCGUGCCGCGAUAGGCUGCCUGGUGACUGACUGGUGUCAGUAGGCGGACGGACUUGGUGCUGGGUGGAGAAGAUGU